CUUCAAGCUCCUGUUGUUGUAGAAAAUCGUCGACAGCGACGGAUUGCCUGAUAAUAGUGUACUCCUAUCGAUUUUUCUGAAAUUAGUUUUACAUUUGUCGACUUGUAUAUUUUUAUUGUUUUGUUAUUGGAUUGAAUUUGUGCUUAAUAUCUGAAGAAUUCCAAAGGUCUUGCGUUGCUGCUGAGAUGUUUGUUCUUUUGUUCUUCGUGCUGAUGGCGGACACCGCUUAUGGAGACGUGAGUUAUUCUUUCCCAGAGGAGAUGAAACGCGGAUCUGUGAUUGCAAAUAUAGCAAAGGAUCUCGGACUUGAUGUGAACAGACUGUCAUCUCGUAAUGCUCGCGUUGAUAAUGACAGUAGCAAAAAACGAUACUGUGACAUUGAUCUGAAUACUGGAGAACUGAUCGCAGCGGAGAGAAUCGACAGAGAGGAUAUUUGUGGAACGAAAUCAUCGUGUGUUAUAAAACAGGACCUUGUGCUGGGAAAUCCUUUAGAGUUGCAUCGCUUUAUUCUCCAUAUUGAGGACAUAAAUGACAAUUCACCACAUUUUAAAGAAAUUGUUAAAUUCGAAAUACGGGAAUCGGCACUUAAAGGUUCUCGUUACUUAUUAGAUGAGGCUUAUGAUGCGGAUAUUGGUAUGAAUGCAGUGCAGUCAUAUACACUUCAAAACAAUGAACACUUUCUUCUUAAUAUACUAACCAGGGAAAAUGAAAGAAAAUAUGGCGAGCUUGAGCUUUAUAAAGAGUUGGAUCGUGAGAAGCAGAAAGAGCUAACAUUAAUUCUCACUGCAGUAGACGGCGGGACUCCACCGAGAUCAGGAACUGUAGCCAUACACAUCACUGUGCUGGAUGCUAAUGAUAAUGCUCCAGUCUUUAGUCGGGCCGUCUAUAAAGUCAGUCUACCUGAAAAUUAUCCUGUAGAUACUGUAGUGGUGACAGUGAGUGCUACUGAUGCUGACGAGGGACAAAAUGGAGAAGUGACAUAUGCAUUUGGUCAUUUGUCUCAAAAGGUCCUGCAAUUGUUUUUCCUCGAUUCUGUAUCUGGUGUGAUUAAACUAAAAGGAACGAUCGAUUAUGAAGAGGAUAUUACAAUCGAACUUCCCAUUCAAGCUAAAGAUGGUCAAGGGUUAGCUAGUUAUUCCAGAGUAGUAAUAGAGAUCGUUGAUAUUAAUGAUAACGCACCUAUAAUAGGAAUUAAUUAUCUUAACAGUCCCGUUCCUGAGAAUGUGUUACCCGGUACAGAGGUUGGCAUCAUUAAUGUGCAGGACAGAGACUCUGAGCAAAACGGACAGGUACGCUGCUCCAUACAGCAAAACGUCCCAUUUAAACUCGUACCUUCAAUUAAAAAUUACUAUUCUCUGGUGACCACAGGUGAAUUAGAUCGCGAGCUGCUCUCUGAUUAUAAUAUCACAAUUACUGCUACUGAUGAGGGCUCUCCGCCUUUAUCUUCCACUAAGAAUAUUUACUUAACUGUAGCUGACGUGAAUGAUAAUCCACCUGUAUUUCAGGAACAGAAUUACAGAGCUCAUCUGCAAGAAAAUAACAAACCGGGCUCCUCUGUUUGUUCAGUAUCGGCUACAGACCCGGACUGGAGACAGAAUGGCACUGUAGUUUAUUCUCUGUUGUCCUCUGAUGUGAAUGGCGCAUCAGUGUCCUCCUUUCUAUCUAUUAACGGAGACACCGGGGUCAUUCAUGCCGUGAGGUCGUUUGAUUACGAACAGUUAAAAAGUUUCAAAGUGCUCGUGUUAGCCAGAGACAACGGUUCUCCUCCUCUGAGCAGUAACGUGACCGUGAGUGUCUUCAUAACGGAUGAGAAUGACAACUCCCCUCAGAUAUUAUACCCCUCUCCGGAAGAAAACUCCUUCAUGACCGAGAUGGUACCCAAAGCUGCUCAGGCGCGCUCCCUGGUCUCCAAGGUGAUCGCCGUGGACGCGGAUUCUGGUCAGAACGCGUGGCUCUCGUAUCAUAUUAUUAAAGCGACCGAUCCGGGACUUUUCACUAUCGGUGUCCACAGUGGAGAGAUCAGGACGCAGCGGGACAUUUCUGAAUCUGACAGCAUGAAACAGAACCUCAUUGUGUCCGUGAGAGAUAACGGACAGCCCUCUCUCUCAGCCACGUGCGCAUUGUAUUUAUUAAUAUCUGAUAACUUGGCUGAAGUUCCAGAACUGAAAGACAUGUCUCGUGACGAGAGCAGCUCCAAACUCACGUUUUAUUUGAUCAUCGCGCUGGUGUCCGUUUCCACUUUCUUCCUGACCUUCAUCGUUAUCAUCCUGGCCGUGAGGUUUUGUCGCAGGAGAAAGCCCAGACUGUUGUUUGAUGGAGCUGUAGCCAUUCCCAGCGCGUAUCUUCCUCCAAAUUACGCAGAGGUGGAGGGCGCGGGAACUCUCCGCAGCACUUACAAUUAUGACGCAUACCUGACCACGGGAUCGCGCACUAGUGACUUCAAGUUCAUCAGAUCUUAUAAUGAGGGCACUGACCUGACUCUGAAAAAGACUCAGUCCGCUGUGGAUGAUCUUGAAGGACUUGAUGCGGAAAUGAACGAUUCGUUUCAGUUCACAUCUCUCCACCCUGCUUUUGAUGUCAAACACUGGGCUUAG